ACAGGAUAUUUUGUCACUAUGGUGACUGGCAGCAGAUGGUGAUAAUGAUUUCUUGAAUCUCAUGCUGUUUUCAAAGCGGCGUGGUUGUCGUGUUGAGACACAACUUUUGUAACCGUGACUCUUGACAAACAUUGAUCCAGAUCUCUCCGGAUCGAUGUGACUUCAUCAGACCGGCAGAAGAGUCUCCCAUCAGUAGAGUUCCCGGUUCCUGAACCACCAAGAUGUCGUCCAGAAACGAGUCCAACGAGACCUUCACCUGCAGCACUCUGUACCAGCAUCGGGCGUACGCCCGGGUCCUCAUGCCACUCUUCUACUGCAUCGUGUUCCUGGUGGGUUUAUCGGGCAACUGCCUGGCGCUGCACGUCAUCCGGCCCAACGUGAAGAAGAUCAACUCCACCACCCUGUACUCGCUCAACCUGGUCAUCUCCGACAUCCUGUUCACGCUGUCUCUACCCGUGAGGAUCGUGUACUACGCCCUGGGCUUCCACUGGCCCAUGGGCGAGGCGCUGUGCAAGCUCUCUGGCCUCAUCUUCUACAUCAACACCUACGCAGGGGUCAACUUCAUGACCUGCCUGAGCGUGGACCGCUUCGUGGCCGUGGUGCUGCCGCUGCGCUUCGCCCGGCUCAGGAAGGUCAGCAACGUGCGCUACAUCUGCGUCGGGGUGUGGCUGCUGGUGCUGGCGCAGACGCUGCCGCUCGUGGGAAUGCCCAUGACCAACGAGGAGCCCGACGGCUUCGUCACCUGCAUGGAAUACCCCAACUUUGAGAAGGUGGAGCACAUCGCCACCAUCCUGAUCGGCGCGGUGACGCUGGGCUACGUCUUCCCCGUCGUCACCAUCCUGGUGUGCUACUCCGUCCUCUGCUCCAAGCUGCACCUGACGGCCAAGGCCAACCACCUGAUGGAGCGGUCGGGCCGCAGCCGCAAGGCCAUCGGCGUCAUCUGCUGCGUGUCGCUGGUGUUCGUGGUCUGUUUCAGCCCCUACCACCUGGACAUCCUGCAGUACAUGAUACGGAAGCUGGUGUCCAGCCCUGACUGCGCAAGUCUGACGGCAUUUCAGGUGUCGCUGCACAUCACCGUGUGUCUGAUGAACCUCAACUCCUGCCUGGAUCCGUUCAUCUACUUCUUUGCCUGCAAGGGCUACAAGAGGAAGCUGCUGAAGCUGCUGAAGCUGCAGGUCAGCAUGUCCUUCUCCAGCGCCGUCAGGACGUCGCCCGAGGGCUCGUCCAAGGACUUCAUCGACGGAAACAAAAUCCAGCUCAACAGUUCCAUUCUGGCCUCGACCAAUGAGAGACUCCCGGACCGGAGGUCGUACCGGCAGGACCACACGUAGGAGCCGAGGAAAGGAGACGCGAGGACGCUAGCGUCUCAGCGGGCGUCUGAGCGCCGGGACACAUUUGAAUCCACGGGAAUUCGGCUGAACUCUUUUCAUACUGACACUUUUUCAUGAAGAGUAAUGAAAAAAGUUGUUUUUGUCUCUCCUUUUAAACAACAAACAGCAUCAUCUGUGUUUACAGCUAUUGAUAUUUGUGAAAUGUUCUAAGCCACAAGCUUCGUAAUGUUGCUUCUGCAGAAACAUUUACGCCACAUGUGCGUUCAACACGGCUGCGAUGCAUCAGGACGCUGAUGAUGCACAACUAUUAUUCUAACUUCCUGUGAAUGAAGCAAGCUCAGCUGUGUAGAGAAACGGCACAUAGGUGCUGUCCUUUUCACUUUUAACCUUUGUUUGGACAAUGAUGCAAUCUCUCUGAAAUUCAUGCGCAAUAAAACCUGUGUUGUUUUGAUUGG